CAGACUGAGAUUUGACAGAAGGUCCUAUAAUUAUAAGCUAAUUAUAAGGCUUUUAUUUGUUCUUAAAGGAAAAGGUGGAUCCAGAAAUGACUGCGAAGAGACUUACUGCGGACCUUACCCCGAAUCUGAACCAGAAGUAAAAGCCGUGGUUAAUUUUCUCAGAAAGCGCAAGGAUCGUAUUAAAGCAUACCUAACAAUGCACUCUUACUCCCAGAUGGUUCUGUUUCCAUAUUCAUAUACUAAAAAUAUAUCUAAAGAUCAUGAUGAGCUGCAACUGGUGGCAAACCAAGUGACGGGUGCUAUUAGAAACGCCUACCACAACCGCUACGUGGCAGGCUCUGGUGCACAGACAAUCUAUUUGGCCCCAGGUGGUUCGGAUGACUGGGCUUACGACCAAGGUAUUAAGUAUUCUUUUACUUUUGAGCUUCGGGACAAAGGAAGAUAUGGAUUCUUACUUCCUCAGCAUCUCAUUAAGCCAACCUGCUACGAAGCAAUCACCGGAAUCAAAAUCAUAGCUUCACAUGUGAUUAACAAUAUGUAAACCAUGCCAUCCCAUUUUGGCAUUAUGCAGCACAGCAUUACACACAGACCGCUUCAUUCAUGCUGUUUUGCUAUUUUAAUUUCAAAUGGGACUUACUUUCCAUCUUAUUUUUCUGUGAUAAACAGUAUGGAUAAUGAGGCUGCUCAAACCUGAUUCUGAAGAAUGGCUUUAUGAACACAGCAUUGCUCAGCUGCUGUUUAAAAGCAUUUGCAACUUUUUUCCCCCCAUACAAACCUGAAGAAGGGUGCUACUGCUUUAAAAGUCAAUUGGAACUCUUAAAGUAGCUGCAUGGGGGCCGGGGGGGGGGGGGUUUGCUAAGCUGGAAGCCUAAAAAAAACGUGGCUGCUUUAAUGAGUAGCAAAGUAGUGCUAUCCUUAUGCAAGGUUCAAAACCUUUCUUU